CCUCUGAAGAAACGCUCAGACUUCGCCCCUUCCGGGUAAUAGGCAAACCCCACCCCUGGAGCGCGACGGAGUCCCUAUGACGUAACGGAGACGUUCGGAGCCCAGGACAUGUCGGGAUUGAGGAGAUACGAGGUGGCGCUGGAGGCGGAGGAGGAGAUCUACUGGGGUUGCUUCUACUUUUUUCCCUGGCUGCGCAUGUGGCGGAGGGACAGGAGCUCGGCGCAUCCCCGGGAGCAGAAGCUGGAGCCUCUACGAGGCCUGAUGAGCUGUCUGUCAAGCGGCCUGGGCCCUGCACCCCAGCGCUCCGGUCGCGGCCUCCCCCGCCGCACCCCCACCGCCACUGCCCAGCCAGCCGGUGCAUUAAAGAUUUAAACCGAAGCCAC